AUGAUUUGGCUCAGAAACAUACUGAUUGAUUUAAAAGAAAAAGUGCUGACUGACAGAAUGGAGUCCGGAGACUUGGUUAUAGAAAUAGUGAUCUCACUUCAGAGUGCACUUGGAAUUCUGGGAAAUGUAUCUUUUCUUGUCUACUAUCUACUCGUUUACUACAAUAAACACACAUUAAAGACUGUAGACUUAAUUCUUACACAUGUGUUCACAUCAAAUUCCUUAAUCAUUCUCUCUACAGGCUUGCCUCAGAUAAUGAGAGCUUUUGAGUGGAAAAGGUUCUUCAAUGAUGUUGAAUGCAAACUUAUUUUAUAUAUUCAGAGACUUGGCAGGAGCAUGUCCAUCACCUCCACCUGCCUCUUGAGUGUCUUCCAGGCCAUCACUAUCAGUCCUAGUGUAUCCUAUUAUAAAGAUUUUCAAAUAAAAUUCCCAAAAUAUGUUCACCUCUCCAUUUCCUCCCUCUGGAUCCUGUAUGUGAUAGUGAAUAUGUUUUUCCCCAUGUAUACAUCUACUAAAAGUAAUAGCGAAAAUAAGACAAAAAAGACAUAUUUUGAAUUUUGUCCAGGUUUCAGUCAUGACAAAAUAGUAGAGACAAUGUAUACAGCAUUUUGGGUGUUCCCUGAAGUCUUAUUUUCUAUACUCAUUGUAUGUUCCAGCAUCUCCAUGAUUGUCAUACUCUAUGGACACAAGAAAAGGGUUCAGUACAUCCUCAGCACUCAGGCCUCCACCAGAAUUUCCCCUGAAUCCAGAGCCACACAGAACAUCCUGGUCUUGGUUUGCACCUUUCUAGCCUUUAAUACCAUCUCCUCUAUUUUACUAGGCUACAUAACCCUUUAUUUUAAUCCCAAUUUGUGGCUUAGAAAUAUCACAACAAUUAUUUCUAUGUGUUUUCCUUCUUUAAGUCCCUUUGUGACGAGUCAUGAUUCUAUUAUUUCUGGAUUUUGCUUUUCCUUUAUAAGGAAUAUCAAAAGGAAAUAA